AUGUUGAAGGCGAACAGUGAAUUCCAACAAAAUCGACAAAUGCGAACAAAAUCGACAAAUUCUCGGUCCUUUAGCUGUAGAAUUCCCGGUUUUGAGCAGCCGAAGUUUUGGCUUUGGGAAAAUUACUUUCAAUUCCCUUAUAUUGAUUCUCUGCCAAAUAUCUCUUCUACUCAACGUAAAACCGAGUUCUUGAUACAAUGGGAACCUAUGCUUGGGUUCUUUACUGCGGUUAAAUUGUUCGCUGAACGGUCCGGUAUUGAUUUAGUUUAUGUGAUUUGUCUUAUUUCUGAAGGUUUAUUAUUUAAUAGAUUAACAGAAACAGAAAGAUCUUUACUUUUACAAAUUUGGCUACUACAUGCAAUAGUUGCUGAUAUCUCCCCUUGUGGUUCAAGUGAAUUCAUGUAA